AGUCACAGGGUUAGAGGUGCGUAGCCUUAUCUUCUUCUUGCAGUGUUACUUCCUCAAACCUAAGGGGCUCAAGCUUGGAACCCGAGUUCCAACGCAAAAUGGCUUCUUCCAUUUUAGGUGUUUCUUCCAUAUACCAAUCCCCCUCUCUCGAACUGCAUAAAAGGGCAACGCCAACACCCUCCAUUUCUUUGCAAUCGUCCUUGGACAACAAGUCCCGUUGCUUCAACACCCUCCUCCGUGCAAACACCAACAACAAACCCACACUUUGUUUUGUUCCUUCCGCCAUUGCCACUCCCAACUCUUCCAUCCUCUCCGAAGAAGCGUUCAAGGUUUUGGAUAAUGUUUCUGGUGACGACCAGUUUGGCUAUGGUUAUGAAACAGAGACCCCUGUUAGCGUCAGCGUCGACGAGCUUGACAUUUCCAAGCUUGGUUUGCCUUCGCGCCUUGUCGAUUCCCUCCAGAAGCGUGGAAUCACUAGCCUUUUCCCCAUUCAGAGAGCUGUGUUAGUGCCUGCAUUAGAAGGUAGAGAUAUCAUUGCUCGAGCAAAGACUGGGACUGGGAAGACAUUAGCAUUUGGAAUCCCAGUUAUUAAGGGUAUCACUGAUGAUGAACAGAGUCCUCUGAGGCGGUCUGGUCGUCUUCCUAGAGUAUUGGUUCUUGCACCUACUAGGGAGUUAGCAAAGCAAGUAGAGAAAGAGAUAAAAGAAUCUGCACCUUAUCUAAACACAGUUUGUGUUUAUGGCGGUGUUUCUUAUGUAACACAGCAAAGUGCACUUACGCGCGGUGUUGAUGUAGUGGUUGGAACACCUGGUAGACUUAUUGACCUAAUAAAAGGGAACAGCCUUAGACUGAGUGAAGUUCAGUAUUUGGUCCUUGAUGAAGCCGAUCAGAUGCUUGCUGUUGGGUUUGAGGAGGAUGUGGAAAUGAUUUUACAAAAGGUCCCAUCUCAGCGGCAGACCAUGCUUUUUUCUGCAACCAUGCCGGGUUGGGUGAAUAAAUUGUCAAGAAAAUAUUUGAACAAUCCAUUGACAAUUGAUUUGGUCGGUAAAGAAGAAGAAAAGCUUGCUGAAGGGAUCAAACUUUAUGCUAUAUCAGCCACUGCCACUUCAAAGCGGACAAUCCUUUCUGAUCUUAUAUCGGUCUAUGCAAAGGGUGGGAAGACUAUUGUUUUCACUCAGACAAAAAAAGAUGCUGACGAAGUAUCAUUGGCAUUAACAAGUAGUAUAACUUCUGAAGCACUGCAUGGUGAUAUAUCUCAGCCUCAGAGAGAGAGAACAUUGAACGGUUUUCGGCAAGGGAAAUUCACAGUGCUUGUUGCCACUGAUGUUGCAGCUCGUGGACUUGAUAUUCCCAAUGUUGAUUUGGUUAUACAUUAUGAACUUCCCAAUGAUUCUGAGACUUUUGUACAUCGCUCUGGUCGUACUGGGCGUGCAGGAAAAGCGGGUACUGCCAUUCUGAUGUACACUAGUAGCCAGAGAAGAACAGUUGGAUCCAUUGCGCGUGAUGUAGGCUGCAAAUUUGAAUUUAUUAGUCCGCCAGCUAUGGAAGAAAUUUUGGACUCAUCUGCCGAGCAAGUUGUCGCUACACUUAAUAGAGUUCAUCCUGAGUCUGUGAAGUAUUUCGCGGCAACUGCACAAAAGCUGGUUGAAGAACAAGGAGCAAGUGCCCUUGCAGCUGCACUAGCACAGCUGAGUGGAUUCUCUCGACCUCCAUCAUCUCGAUCUCUUAUCAACCAUGAACAGGGAUGGAUUACGUUACAACUGACUCGAGAUCCAGUUACAUCUAGGGGAUUUCUUUCUGCAAGAUCAGUCACUGGGUUUCUUUCUGAUGUUUAUUCUCCAGCUGCUGAUGAAGUUGGAAAAAUAUGCUUAAUUGAAGAUGGAAGGGUUCAAGGAGCUGUUUUUGAUCUUCCGGAGGACAUUGCUAAAGAGUUACUCAAUAAGAACAUACCCCCUGGCAACACAAUUUCCAAGAUCACCAAGUUACCUCCUUUGCAAGACGAUGAGCCUGCCAGUGAUUACUAUGGGAAGUUCUCUAACAGAGAUCGAACUAACCGAAGAGGUUCUAGGGAUCAGAGAGGAGGUUCUAGGGAUUUGAGAGGACGGGGAUGGGGAGGGGGUCAAGAUUCUGAUGAUGUCUUUGGUGAUACAUUUGGGAGAGGUCGUAGAAGUUAUGGAUCUGGCAACAGCAGGUCUCCAAUGGGAAGAAGCAGCGGGGAUGACUGGCUAACUGGAGGUGGACGAUCCAGCAGGCAUUCAUCAUCAAACAGAGGCGGCAAUGGAGGGGCCUGUUUUAAUUGUGGACAAGCUGGGCAUCGGGCAUCAGAUUGUCCCAAAAAAAGAGACUUUUUCUAGUUUGCGCGUCUUCAAUUUUGGCGCCACCUUGUCCCAGAAUUGAGCUGCCACUGGUGAUUGUCUAAUGGAUUCAAGAAAUUGAAAUAUGCUUCCCUCCACUUUUGGUCGUAGUUUUUUUUUUUUUUUUUCUUUACCCUUUCUUAAUGUAAAAUUUAUUUAUCAUUUGUAUUGCGGCAAUUAUAGUUAGCAAGAACAGUAAAUGUAUGGUGCUGUUUUGUCUGCUUAACCGUCAUGUUUAUGAUUCGCUUGAACCUUAAUUUGUUUCAGUGAAAAGAAGGAAUAGCCUUAU